AUGAACUCGUACACCUUGGUCCCGUCUUCAGGCGGUGUGACUGUCGCUUUCCGGCUAAAUUCUGACUUUAUAAAAAGUGUCAAAACCGCCAAAUCGAGUCCCAAGCUUGUCGUCCGCGAUGGUCAGGUGUCCAUACGGCUUUCGCCAACACAGGAGUACCCCUGUUCUUCACAACUGGAAAAUUCGCCCAUGGAGAUUUACGACAAAAAUCAUUUUUUGGGCAGUGUUACGUCGAAAUUGACGGUAAUAACCGAUAAAAAACUCAUCAGAGACCACAUUCGUCGGCCUCAAACCACGGUACUUCCAUCGCCAACACUUCCACAACGACCUGCAUCGGCGCUGCCAGCAGUCCGUCAGCAACGCCCGAAAAAUUACGCCCCCUACGUGAUUCUGGCAGACGCCAGCGGGUCCAACAGCUCGUCCGACAUCAUCGCAACCCUCAUGGCGUUUUUGGCGCUCGGACCGGCCACCAGAGACGAAUUGGAGCGACAAUUGCGAGCCCCCGCCAAGGUGGUAGACGGGUUCAUCGCCAACUAUACCCAGCCAUACAACCCCGCCGACGUGUUUACCGGUGGAGAUGUGUUUGCAUACAAUGCGGUGAAGGCCCAUGAUCAUUUCGUGCUCAAAGAUCGAGCCUACAAGGAAUUACGGCCGUGGCAGUGGAAUUAUUCCGACGACGAGCGCCAAUUUGUGUUGAAAAACACCCACAACGCAUUGACACGGCUCGGGUUUCUGGAAACCCACCCUUUACGCCGCAAGAUUUGCGACCAGCCGCAAGAGGGAGAAAUCGUCCCGAAAAAGCUCGCUUUGGGCGGAGGACUUCUCACAUCCAAGAGCCCCAAUCGACCCGUGAGCGCCUCGCCGCUUAAACGGAGGUCGGAUGUGUCGUCUUCGGACGACGACGAGCGCAGAAAACGCAAAAAAAGCGAUACCGAAUGCACAUCGCCGUCGUCAAUUGACGAUUCCGGAGACGACGACGACCGAGCAACGAAAAGAACCCAGUAUUACGCCAAUCUCGCUAUCAAGUUCCGGGCAAAGUACCAGGAGUACGAGCGGUUGUACAGCACGCUCAAGACACACCCGAAGCGCAACAAUGGCGACAAAAAGGACCUUUCGAGACUCUUUGAAAUGCACAGUACUCUCGCAGAGUGGAAAAAAAAGUUGUGGGAUUUCGACAACGAGUCGCGGACAAAGUCCGAUAUCAUGGCCAUGGCCAAGCAUAAGAAGGAGAAGAAGAAACCGGCGAAGAAGCCGUUGGACUACUGA